AUGCCUCGUACGAGCGGACUCGAGUCUGGACGCUACGGCCCGUCGCAUCUCUACCGCGAGCCAGGGGUGAACCCAAGGGCUAGGAUCCCUGAGUUCUGGCGGUGGGAUCUCCCAAAUGCAAUGAAUGCUGCUGAGAUCACCGACAAGUUGGGGCUGCAUUCCCUGCGCAACCGCAACUGGUACAUCCAGGCCACGUGUGCCACAAGUGGUGAUGGUCUUUAUGAGGGACUGGACUGGUUAGCCAAUCAGCUCAAGAAUGCCAAUCGCCCUUGGAUUAUCAACGUGGUGAUUAUAGGCGUCAUUGGUGUCGUUCUGGGGAUCCGUGCGUCAAGGAGCUACAUUCCGCAACAAACGCCCGUGUCCUAUUCUCUAUCUCUUUAUGUGCAAGUGUGGCAGGAGAGACGAAAACAUAAACAUCCAGCAGUGACUCCACUCAUUCUCUUGCUGUUCUUCUCUAUUGAUGAUAAUGAACAGCAAAACACAUCACGGGUUGAGGAAAGCCAAAUUACCAGACUGCGAUCAGGAGGCAUCAAGGAAAUUCACGUACGGAAAAAGACGCCACAGAAGCAAGGGAAGAGAGAAAAUAUUGGGAAACGAGAUAGUCCAAAGGGGAAUGAGCAGAUCGUCGAAGAUACCCAGCAUGUAGAGCAGACGAAGGAUCAGAAUCCCAAAAUGGCUGCUGCUGCGCUGCUGGAAAGAGCCCAGGCGCUCUCAACUAUUGACAAAAAAGCCGGCAUUGAUGACCUCAAGAAAAUUGUGAAUUUGAAGGUAGAAGAACCAGUUCCUGGCAAUGAUGAGGAAGUUAUCAGGCUGAAGGAGAUGAGCAUUCUGGAACUUGGGGAGAGGUACCGACAGCUGGGUAAUGCCAAAGAACUUGGAGACCUGAUCAAGGAGGCUAGACCAUUCUUAGCAUGUAUCAGCAAGGCAAAAGCUGCAAAGUUAGUUCGGGAACUGGUGGACAAGUUCUUGGACAUGGAAGCAGGCACUGGAAUGGAAGUGCAGCUUUGUAAAGAAUGCAUUGAAUGGGCAAGACAGGAGAAGAGAACUUUUCUCAGGCAGUCCCUGGAAUCCCGGUUGGUUGCACUGUAUUUUGACAACCGCAUGUACACAGACGCCUUACACCUUGGUUCACAGCUAUUGCAUGAGCUGAAGAAGCUUGAUGACAAGCACCUCCUUGUUGAAGUCCAGUUGCUGGAGAGUAAGACGUAUCACGCCUUAAGCAAUCUGCCCAAAGCACGAGCAGCCCUCACAUCAGCCAGAACAACUGCCAAUGCCAUUUAUUGCCCCCCAAAGCUCCAGGCCUCUCUUGACCUUCAGUCAGGCGGCUUCUGCCAUCAGUUGGCAGCCAUGGCUCUGAUCGAACGAGCAACUCUUCGCCCCAUCAUCUACUAA